AUGCAUGGCAGCCUCGCUGGCAAUGGCUGCUCGAAAACACGGCGAUGCGCACUUGCCGUAGCCCUGCUCGCCUGGCGCGCGCCGUCGACGCUGCUGCUCGCGCCGCUCCGCAGGGCCGCCGACCGCCGGUUCGCCUUUGCCUUUGUGGCCGUCGCCGUCGUCGCCGCCAAGAUUGCCCACGUCGUCGCGCGCGAGCGCGCCCUGCUCCGCCGCGACCUGGUCGUCUGGAUGCUGUCCUUUUUCGUGCAGGACUUUGUCCUGCUCCUGGCGCUGCGGUGCCUCGCCGAGUGGUCAUCGUCGUCGUCGCCGGCGCCGCACAGAAGGAGGAGUCUGCCGUUGCGCAUUUGCGCAGGCACCGUCUACCUGCUCGCCAGCCUCUUCUCGGCCCUCGUCUCCGUCGUCAACAUCACUUUUUUUGUCUACGCAAAGGCAGAGGUCCGCUGGCGGGACGUGGCGUUUGCUGGUGAUGCGGGCUCCCGGGGCGUGCUCCUCUCGGGGCUCCUGACGCUCGUCACGGUCGUGGGCUGCGUCAUGGCCGUGGCUGGGUUCUUCCAAAAUGCAAUCUUUGUCAUGGGCGGUGCGGCUGUGGAUGCGGUCAAGUGGCCGUACCAGGCCAUUAUGCGACGGUGCCGGGCCGGUCCCGACUACGCCUUUGUCCGGCUCCCCUCGGAAGCAAUCGACGAUCCGCUGACCAUGGAGGAAAAACGAGACGAUGACGCCCGACCUGCUGCCCAAGGGUCCGCAGUGGAAAGUCCAUUCUGGCGCUCUGUGUGGAGCGUCUUCAUCAGUCUCCAAGUACUCUUUUAUCUGCUGCGUCCGUACGAGGGUGCCCUGAUUUUCAUGUCAUGGACCACGCCACUGCUACCGUUUGUCGAUUUCAAGGAAUCAGCGUCCAUCCUCCGCGAUAUUCGGCCAUACAACGACGUCGGCAUCAACUACAAAUGGGACGAUCGAACAGCCCUUGCCGAGCCGAUCCGCUUCGACUGGCUGCCCCAAGAUACCGUCCUCAGCGGCUUCGAGGACUGGUACGAAGAGGGCCGGCCACACUAUAGCGCCAAAGCCGAUCCCCUCAAAAUCUCCAACCUUGACCAGGAACUGCUGCCCGGGCUGCGAGACCACAUAGCCAACGUGUCCAUCAAGCACAUUGUGCUCGUCGUCCUCGAGAGCACGCGCAAGGACGUGUUUCCACUGAAAAAGGACGGCCUCAUCUGGCAACGGUUCGAGGAGGCCGCGCCUCACAACACGCUCUCGAACGAGUCCAUUGCCCGCCUCGAGACCCUAACCGCGACGGCGAACCACCUGACGGGCGACUUUGACGACGGCUUCGAGCACGAGAACACGACGCGCCGCGGCGGCCUCAACUUCAACGACGCUUACACGACCUCGACGUAUACCCGCAAGAGCAUGACGGGCACGCUGUGCGGCGUGUGGCCGCUCGUGGCCGACUUCAACAAGGAGUACGCGCACCACGUGUACCAGCCGUGCCUGCCGCAGAUCCUCGCCGCCUUUUCGCACCUCGACGCGGCCGGCGGCGGCGGCGGCGACGACGCGCGUCCGUGGCGCGCGCGCUACCUGCAGUCGGUCACGCUCAGCUACGACCACGCCGACGAGAGCACGGAGCGCUUCGGCUUCCUGCCCGAGGACACUGUCGGCGCGCGGUACCUGCGCUCCGAGGCGGCCAAGUUUGGCCGCGUCGACCUCCCGGACAUCAACUACUUUGGCAUGCCCGAGGCGCCGCUGCUCGACUACGUGCGCGACGCGUUUGUCGAGGCGCGCCGCGCCGACGAGCGCGUCUUCCUCACCCACCUCACGAGCACCACGCACCACCCGUACGCCAUCCCUGCUGAGGAGGGCUACGUGCCGCUCGCCAGCGGCGGCGGCCGCUGGGACGACCUGUCGCACUACGUCAACGCCGUGGGCUACGACGACCGCUGGCUCGGCCAGAUCCUGCGCGUCCUGGACGAGGAGGGCGUCGCCGACGAGACGCUCGUCAUCGUCACGGGCGACCACGGCAUCUCGCUGCCGGAGAACAACCGGCCCGCGUCGUACCACAACCCCAACUCCGGGUGCAACCACGUGCCGGUGGUGCUGUCGCACCCGGGCCUGCCGCCGCUGGAUGUGGACGGCGCCGUGAGCGCCAUGGAGAUUGUGCCGACGGUGCUGGACCUGCUGCGCGAGACGGGCUCGCUGUCCGACACGGCGAGCGCGGCCGCCGCGGACCUGCUGGCCAACUACGAGGGGCAGUCGCUCAUCCGCGCGCGGCGGCACUCGGCGUACCGGAUGCAGGACCGCCGCCGGCCGGGCAACGAGGCGGACCUACGCAGCUGGCAGUUUGUGGUGAUGAACCCCGGACGGGCCAUGCUGGGCGUGCGCGACGGCCGCCGCAAGACGUGGCGCCUCGUCGUGCCCGUCAUCCACGACGUCGAGUGGCAGUUUACGGACCUCGCCGAGGACCCGACCGACACCGACUCGGUGCAGGCGUUUGAGUUCCCCGCGUUCCUGGACAGGAUCCAGCUGCGCUAUGGCAAGGAGGCGGCCAAGUGGGCCGAGGAGGGCGCGUUUAUUGCGCGAUGGUGGGUGGAGGAGAAUAACAAGAGAUAUGAGUAUGGGCAGUAUGCUGCGACGGCGACGGAUUGA